CUCGUUAGUGGCUACCUGGUCUAACAAUGCGGAAAUGAGCUGAAGUCCAACGAUGUCCUUGCAUGCUUCACGAUUGUUUUUGAGGAUUUAACACACAUUUGUAUCGUAAUAAUAUUACCAGUUCCAGCAUGCCCCUCCAUAAAUACCCUCCUAAAAUCUGGAACACCACAAAACUAAAAGAGGGCAUCUAUGCCCGCCUACCCAAGCAUUACCUUAAAUCCCUGGAGCUGAAGGAGCCCACGCCGGUCCACUGGAGGCCCCUGGGGGUCAAAUACCGACGCAAUCCUAAGACGGGCGAGAAGGAACGAGUGCAGGACGUCCCGAUCCCCAUCUACUAUCCACUCGAGUCGCAGAAUGGCCUUUGGGGAGGAGAGGGCUGGAUAUCGGGCUACAGAUAUGCCAACAAUGAUAAAAUGUCCAACCGUCUGACAAAGACGUGGAAGCCGCAGCUGUUCAAGAGAGAACUUUACAGCGAGAUCCUUGACCACAAGUUCACCAUCACAGUCACAUCUCGCACGAUGGAUCUCAUCGACGCCGCCUUCGGUUUUGACUUCUACAUUCUCAAAACACCGAAAGAAGAUCUAAACUCCAAACUGGGCAUGGACCUGAAGAGGGCCAUGUUACUGCGUCUGGCUCGCAGAGACACGCAGUUGUAUCCGGAUGACGCCGCUAAGAGAGACGAGGUGUACGCCAAAUACAAGCGGUUCGAGAUUCCUGAAGAUGAGGCCGAGUGGGUGGGCCUGACUCUGGAAGAAGCCGUGGAGAAGCAAAGGCAGUUGGAGCACAAGGAGCCCGAGCCAUUGUUCAAGGCGUGUGUGGAAAACCUACUGGAGGAGCUUCACAUCCAAAAAUUGUCCGAGCCUCAUCUCAGCGAGACCAAAUGAAGAGCGAUAAGUUUGUCAAGCCUCCACAUGUGUGUGACAGGAAACACCACCCAACACUUACUCUCAUUUUUUUCUUUGUUAGAAAAGCUAACAAUAGUGUAAAUACAACCAAUUUAGCAUCUUGUAUAAAAGUUAGGGGAAACUCACACUUGUCUGUUUUAACUGAAAAUGAAAGCUGAAGUCAGUUUGCCAUGUAAAGCGCUUCCGGUAAGUUAGGGUAUCACAUUUUGACGGGAAGUCCCAGCUGUGUGUGGGGACUCCCUUGGGUGUUGGAAACCCUGCCGCUGUAACUACACACAUACACCACCGCGCACCUGCUGUCUUUAUUUAAACGUACUCAUAAAACAGUUGAAUUUGUUGCGUUCUUUUUCAGAAUUAAGGUUUUGAAUAGGAGUGGGAACCUCUUGGUACCUCAUGAUACGAUUUGCGAUAUAUGAUGAUAUGGCGAUACAAAGAUUAUCAAUACAUUGGUCAGGAAAUCAUUCUUCAUUCAAUCAUAAAGAGAAAAACAAGCUUCUGCUGUGAAUUGGAAUGAGUUUAUCACUAGUAGACGUCCAAUCCAUUUGAACUGGGAGGGUGAACAUUCGUUCAUUCGCUGCCAUCCCUCCCACUUCAAAUGGAUUGAACAUCUACGGCUGUCAGUGGCAGCCAAUGCCAGGCAAUGAGGUCAUUUUGGGCCAUUUAAGGUCAUUUACCUGUUGAUGUUCAGUUACUUACUGUUGAAUUUGGGGUAUUUUAUGGGUCACUUCCUGUUUAUUUUGAGUUACAUAACAGGAAAUGACCUGGGAAUCACCCAAAUGAAUAGGCAGUGACUCAAACUCAACAGAAAAUGACCUGUAAAUGCCCCAAAAUGAACAGCAAGUGACCUGUAAAUGCCCUGAACAGAAUGAACGUUCGUUCUCAGUCUAAACGGAUUGGGCGUCGAGCCCCAUAGAUGCAGCCUGAGGGCCCAAAUACACCAGAUGCAUGAUCGUUGCGGUUCCGGUCCGGUUCAGUGUUGACUGCGUGCCACGCAGUACAUCAAAAACAGGCAAAUCAUACCGGGUGCGCACGGCUGCGGUCCGCCAACUCCGUUCCCUCGUGAGCGCUCGCGUGAACGCGCGCUAUAAUGUGCCAUUUAAAACAACGAAAAACACACGGAGUCUAUACUCAUCAAAGCAGAGAGAGAGCACAUUUUUUCUUAAUUUGCAUAUUGAUAUUUUAGUUAUGUCUGUCUAUUAAUUCCAGAUUGACUGCAUCAUGUUGAGAUCAGGGCUCCGUGUGUGGGGGGCCCUAUUAUGCCCUUGGUUGUGUCGGUGGGUUUAUGUCUUUGUGCACAUUUAAAAUUUAUGGCACAUAACAUCUUAUAGACCCUAUCCACGUGACGUCACAACUCCGCCCUCCUGACUGGUGCCGCCCAAUUGUCCGUCAACACAUCGUGUUUACCUGUUACGGCUACGUACAUUCCUCCUAUUUACGCCGUGUUUUUCUGCUCGUUAACAUUAAUAAUCAAAAUGGUGAAGGCGUGUGUGGCGGUUGGUUGCAAUACCAGAGAAGAUAGACGGAGAGACUUGAAGUUCUACCGGAUUCCGAGAGACCCGGAGAGGAGAGAGCGAGAUGGGCUGCUGCAAUUCGACGAGAAAACUGGGCUCCAAACGAUUACCACAGAUUAUGUAGUAGUCAUUUUAUAUCUGGUAAGAUGCAUUUAAUAUAUAUUUAGAGGGUUUUGGGCUGACAACCACAAUUAAGAUCAUUGCUAGGCUAAUCGCAGACAACAUACACGUAUGCAUGUAGUGAGAGUGCUAUCGCUAAACCAUAUAAACAUUAAAAGCCCUAGCUCCAUUGACAAAUGACAUGAAAUACAUUAGACUUGACAGUGGAUGUUAGCAAGAACAAAAGAUUUUGAAUUGAAAAUUUCAUAACUCACCUUUCCAAGCACAAGAUAGAUUCCUGCCGAAUUUUUGUGGACGAGGACCUGUUUCACCCAACCAGCAAUGAAGUAUUUAUAAGCCUCCAAGCUCUUUAAGUUUUUCAAACUUUCGUGAGAAUAGGCUGAUUUUGUGUGGACAACAUAGUUGUAAAUAUCAGGGUAGCUAGCAGAUGUCAGGCAAAUACGGCGAAGACAGCGGGUCGAAAAACAUCGAUUUAGGCAUCAAACAUGGAUCUGGCGAAUGGAUAAACUGAAGCUUUUCCACAUAACGCCUUUUAUGCAACGCAUCCAGUGAGUUUACGGCAUCCGAAAGCACCGGGUCUUCCAUGGAAUGCAUUAUAAAUUGCUCGAUCAAUUAAGACCAUUGAUAAUACAGACACAAAAUGACGGACAAGGGGGCGGAACAAUACAGCGAUCACGUGAUUUUGUGACGUCGGUGGGUAGGGUCUAUAGAGGUGUUAUAAACAACUGUUAGAUAUUCUGUAAUAUGUAUAAAAUGGAUAGCGAAUUAUAUACUUCACGAACUAAAAAACAGUGUACUUGGAAUUGGUGUUUCAACACUGCAGAUUCCUGUGCCCAGCGCAAACUGUUGGUUUUUCAAUGAAAAGUCAAGUAAAAUGUAGGAAAGAAAGAGAAACGUCUUGAAUAGACCACCAGGUCGAAACUUGUGGGUGUCUCUUUAUUCUCUUUCGUACUUUUCCCCCUCGACUCUGUAUACAAACCGACAUUGUGUGUGCGCCGGGCACGAGAAUUUCCGCAGUGGAGCCACUUUCAGAUACACUGCUUUUUUUUUUUUCCCGCUCGAAGUUGUCAGCACGUCGUGUGUUUGAUAUCAUUUCCAGAAAAACACACAUAAUAGGACACCUUGCAGCUUCCCUUUUAAUGCUGUCCUUAUAAUAACUAUCUGCUGCAUCGUAUAUCACUUUGUGACUUUCCACCUCCAUGAUGAAACGUUCUUCGUCCAUGUUUGCUGGUGUUUAAACCGUGAAUAAGCAACUGGGCUGUUACGUCCAGGCCCAGCUCCGUCCAUUUUGUCGGAUGCGUGCCUGGCAAAAAUAGAAAAUAGCCUGCCGGAGAUAGUGCGCGGGCAAUCCGAAGCACUGACGCAGCCGGUAUACGUUGAACAAUAGGAUAUAAUAGGAACGGAUUGGCUCCGGCGCUGUUUUUUUUUACCUGAGUCGGACCGGAACCGCAAUGAUCGUAGAUUUUGGUUGCUACUUGUUGGUUCCUUUUUAUUUUUUUUAUACAUUGACACCUUUCUAAAACGAUAUCUCGAUUCUUGGCAGGAGCAUAUCGAUAACCUUUUGGGAUACAAAGUAUCACGAUAUAUCACCAUUUCGAUAUUUUGUCACAGCCCUAGUUUUGAAAGACAUUACUUGAACAAAUUCUCGGAAGAUUUUUGGCAUGUUUUAUUGCCUUUCGUCACUGCUUUUACAUGGGAAUGUUGAACAAGUAAAUGGGAUUUAAGAUCUCUUUGGAAUUUUUUCAGUGCCAUUGACGCUAAUGGACGUCUAUCACAGUCAAUGGCGGCCAACACAUUAACAACAAUUCAGUUUUCAGUCUCAAGUACACAUUAGACACAUGCAUGACAAAUGUAUGGACUUAACAAGGAUACAUAGAAAAAUAUUUAGUAAUGCUGAGCCUACCCGAGGCCUUUGGAAUGAAAUUAGCAUUUCAACCUAUAUAAAGGAAACCAAGAAUGAGACUAUUUCAAAAACAAAGCCCCUUUGAUUAACACUGAACAAUGUUCUAUAUUGCUACAUCGAACGAAAUGAAAAGCGACAAUGAGCUUGUUAUUGGUGAACAAAUUACUCCCUGGAUUACUGUAAUUAGAAGUAACAAGUGCAAAAAGUUGGGUAAAUUUGUCUUCUUCCCUCCAGUCAGUUUACAACUACGUGAAUGUAACCCACAGUUAGCUGUCAAGAAAUGAAAAGAAUUUACUGCUUCAUUUACUACUAAACUAUUGUUAACUACUUUUAUCUGACAAGAAAUGAAAAGUGAGGCAGUCCAGACUAAUUCCUGGAUUAAUAAAAAAAACAUUGGGGGAAGUUAAAACAACUUUUAGCAUGGUCUAGCAAAAACAAGUCCACACUAUUUAUCAUUAAUGGAAUGUUUCAUAUUGUGACCUGAUAGGAAAUUAAAGUGACAUGGUCCGGACUAUUUCCUGGAUUAAUUGAAAGGAAUUGGGGGGGGAAAAACUAAUAUGGCCUAGCAAAAACAAGUCCACACUAUUUACCAGAGAAUGAUGUUAUAUACUGUUACCUGAUAGGAAAUGAAAGUUAGAUGGUCCAGACUAUUUCCUGGAUUAAUUGAAAGGAACUUGUGCAAAUUAUCGGGGAAAAUUAAAAAAAUUUUUUUUAAAGAACUACGAGCACGGCCCAGCAAAAACAAUUAAUUACUACCAAGUGAAUGCAACCUUGGUGGAGUUGGCCCCCCUUCAGACACAAAUUUUAUAAUAUAUAUACAUAUAUUUUAAAAUUGUAUACUCGUUUGUGCUGGAUUUAUGCUGUUAAAAGUUUCAUUUCUGCUAUUGGUGAACAAAUUACUGCCUGGAUUACUGAAAUUAAAAGUAACAAGUGCAAAAAUUGGGUAAAUUUGUCUUCUUCCCUCCACAGUUUACAACUGUGUAGCCCACAGUUAGCUGACAAGAAAUGAAAAGAAUUUACUGCUUCAUUUACUACUAAACUAUUGUUAACUACUUUUAUCUGACAAGAAAUGAAAAGUGAGGCAGUCCAGACUAAUUCCUGGAUUACUUAAAAAAAAAAAAAAACAGAAAAGUUGGGGGAAGUUAAAACAAUUUUUAGCAUGGCCUAGCAAAAACCAGUCCACACUAUUUACCAUUAAUGGAAUGUUUCAUAUCGUUACCUGAUAAAUAGGAAAUGAGACUGAGAUGGUCCAGACUAUUUCCUGGAAUAAUUGAAAGGAACUUGAGGGAAAAAACAACAACUUUUAACCUGGCCUAGCAAAAACAAGUCCACACUAUUUACCACUAAGAGAAUGAUGUUACAUAUUGUUACCUGAUAGGAAAUGAAAGUGAGAUGGUCCAGACUAUUUCCUGGAUUAAUUGAAAGGAAGUUGUGCAAAUUAUUGGGGGAAAAUUAAAAAUAAAAAAAACUACGAGCAUGGCCCAGCAAAAACAAUUAUUAAUUACUACCAAGUGAAUGCAACCUUGAUGGAGUUGGCCCCCCUUCAGACACAAUUUUUUUUAUAAUAUAUAUACAUAUAUUUUUAAAUUGUGUCAUUGUUUGUGCUGGAUUUGUGCUGUUAAGUUUCAUUCCUGCUAUCGUUUUUCAGAUAAUUUACAAUGCUUUUAUAGGUCAAUCUGAGGUCAACUAACCCCCCCACCCCCACUUUGAUGUAAACCUGCUAAUGGAACUGCAAUGUUUCAUUUGUGCCAGAUGUGGGGGAUGCGUAAUGUUAUCACUACAAAUUAAAUGUAGAAGUAAUAUCAACAAAAACGUUGCUGCACAAACGAAAGGAUUUGACACCAGUUUUAGCUGGUUUAAAUCAAAUAUGGAGGGGCUGGUUGACAUCAGAUUGACCUAUAAAAGAAAAACGAUAGCAGCACAAAUGAUUGACGUAAUUUUUAUAUUAAUGUGUGUCUGAUGGGGGGCCAACAUCACAGAGGUGUGAAACCAAUCUACUGUUACCUAACAGGAAAUGAACAGUGAGGCGGUGCCGACUAUUUUCCGGCGUCGCACCCUCAUAGGUCAUCUUCGAUCUUGACGUGGACCGAAUCGGACGGGCCGGCCUGCGGCUCGGUUUGCAUGUUCCAGUUCUCGUUGACUAGCAUGUUGAAGCGCAAAUCUUCGUAGCGGGAGAAGUCCUGGGUGUACGGGCCUAAGUUCUGGUUGGCGCCCCCAAAGCUGGCCUGACCGGCAUCAGGCACAACCGCGGCAGGGUCGGAGAACAUGUCCAUCAGCCCGGGCAUCUCCAGCAGCUGGCUGAGGAGGUCCAUCUCCUCGCUGUCAAUGGGGAUGUCCGUGGGCUCGGCGUAGACAAUUUCGCCAAGAGGGGCGAGCCCCGGUUGGGUUGAGCGUGGCGACGUCAUGUCGUGGGGGAAGUGGAAGGCCUGUUCCGGUGCAGCCGCUGCAAGGUCAGCUGCUGGGAAAGACCAACAACGAUUAAAACAGCUUCCUUUUAACACAGAUACUACAAUGCUAACCUGUCACGUUGGUAUUUUCUUGGAAGUUCAUGUGCGACUUAAUCUUUCUCUUGCGCUUGACCUCAUACGGAUCUGACGGAAAAUUCACAGAAAACACUCGAAUGCGUACAGGAAUCAAAAUUCAUAUUUGCAACUGGGUCAUUCCAGAGAUGAAAGACAUUUUCGCUUCUAAAUUCUUGAAGUAGAGACUUGACAAUACAGUGAUGAAUCACAUUACUUUGUAUCCCAAUAGGUUAUCGAUAUGCAAGAAUCGAGAUAUCGGUUUUUAAAAGAUGUCAUUGCUUAGUUAAGGAAACCAACAGGUUGCUACCCAAAAUUUUGUUUAACUAGUAGGUCGCCUUUGUUGUUGACGACGCAAUGCACUCUGGGCGGUGAAGUCACUGAGCAGCAUGUACUUCCACAGUGUCACUCGUUAGCUACAUAAACAUUUCGUUGGUUCUGCCCUUCCAAAUUGAACCUGAGCAGAAAAGUGAUGAGCAUGACAGCACUGUCGAUACUUCAUAAAACAAGUAGCAAAAGCAUUUAAAAGAAGGUCUCCAGCGGGAUUUGAGUCCCCUGUUCCUGUGCGACAGACGAGCACGUAGACCACAGGACUACACUUCCGCGUGACGUUAAAGUAAUUAUUUUCCUUAUAAAGCAAUCACAACCAAUAUGCGUUGUCUGUCUGUGCGGCAAAACCUUAAAGGGAAACGCAACUGAAAAAGUGUGGCUGGCGUGACCACGGAAUUAGAAAACAAAAACAUAGGGAUUUCGUGAAAGGGUUUAUUGAACACAAAAAACGCACGAUCACAAAAAGGGAGACACAAUAAGGGUCCGUGACAGGAGGUCAGGAUCCAUUAAAAAAAAAAAAAAAAAACCUGAGGGACAACCGCGGUGACAGGCAAACAAACGGAAGAAAAAAAAACAAGGCAAUGAUGCAACUAGCAACGAAGGGAUAUACUGUCAAAUGGCAGCAAGUCAAUAUUUCGGCAAGUCGCCUAGGAUCGGUUUAAAGACACUGCUGAUGAGCUGGAAUUGGAUGUAAGUACGACAUUGAGAACUCAUCCCGCAUCUCUGGAACAAAACAAUCUGACCAGCAGCGGAAUGUGAAAAAAAUCAUGCCAGUUGUCAUAAUAGUUUCACUUGCUAGCUAGCUAGCACAACUAUUCUCCCAGCCCAGCUUAAUCACAUCAUCACCCCCAGCGUGCAUUGCGCGCGUAAAACAUGGCGCCCUCCGUAGGUCAAAACAUUUACUAAAUAUUAGAUUUUUAAAUCAAUGGCAAUAAUAUACUGUAUAUGUUUCUAAUAACAUAUUUUAGGAAAGGAAUUGUGGCUUAUUUGAGCCUACAAGUCUUUAAUUAUGAGGUUCCCUUUAAAUACUAUGAAAAACAAAAACAACUCUGACAAAAACCUUUCCCGUUUUUCGUGGUUUCCUUGGAAUUCCUUUACAAGGUUUUCUGGUUUUUAAGGUUUUUAAGGUUUUUUUUUUUUUUUUUUUAGGUUUUGGCUCAUUUUUGAGUCAGUUACUUGUUAAUUUAUUGGCUGCCAUUGACGGCACUAGACAUCCAAUUCAUUUUGAGGGUGAAUGAACAUUUGUUCAUAUAUUAAUUAGCUCAUCUUAUGGAUAAAUGGUCAAGUUUUCAUAAUUUGAUUAAGUUGAUAUGUACAAUAUUUGGUCUAAUCACAGUACAGUAAUACCUCGACAUACGGCAUCUGAUGUAAAAUUUGACUCGUCAUUUGUCCCGACUUAUGACGGCACGCUCAUAAUACGACAAUUUAUGACAGCAUCGCAAUUUCAUUGUUUUCCCUCAAGCUGGACGCACAAUGGAUUUUCAUGUGAGAGAAAUCAACACGGGUCCCAAAAAGGUUAGUGCAGGUGGUGAAAAAAGGAAAAAGGUGACGCUUACCAUUGAAAUUAAGAAGGAAAUGAUAGAAAAAUAUGAGCGUGGUGUGAGUGAACUGGCUCAACGAUAUGGUCUCCUCAGACCUCCGUUAGCACGUCUCUAUGAGUUAAGGUUACAAUAAAAACGCUUUUUUAUGUACGAUUUAUUAUUACGGUACCAUUAUUAUUAUUAUAAUUGUAAUAUUGUCACCAAGGAAGUUGCCAGCUUUGAUGGAUUUUUAAUCAUUUUUUUCCAGAACUUGUGCAGCACAACACGGCUACUGUCCGCCAUAGCCGACGCUGAAAACAACAUGAAAAUUCAAAGUAAAAACUUCCCAUUCUUCCACACCUCACUCUCUCGUCAGUCACACAGUGCGUUCAGGAACAGCAUGCAAAACACAACCGCCACAUUGGAACCCGAUUCGGAUUUGUAUUUAUAUUUUAUUUGUUUUUCUAUGUGUAACUGCUAUUUGUAAUGGUAGCAGCGAUUUUUAUCAAGGACUCAGUAUAGGUUUCUAGGCUGUGGAACGAAUUAAUUGAAUUAUAAUGAAGUUGGAAGAAGUUGAUUUCAACCACCAUUGACUCACGCUAGCUUAGCCACUCAGGAGCCCUGAAACUAACAAAUAACUGACAAACUGCAUGGAAUUUGUUGAAAUCAACUCCACCGACUAAUUAAAUCACCGCUAACUCGAAAAUUAAGCCUAAUGUCAAAAUAUUCUGAACUUCGGCUUAGCGUUUAGGGUUAACAGCAGUGCCAAUGUAAAACAAUGCAAAUUGACUGCAGAAUAAUCCACAACACACAAAUGAAUGGCGUACCGCACGCAUGCUAUUUUUAGACCGUGACGUCGCAUCGUAAAGCGGAAGUAAAGCCGAAGUGGGACAUUAUAGACCCGCCCUCGCAUAGAAACAACGUAAUUUGUGCUACUUUUUGCCGGUAAUCUUUCAAAAAGGAACAUGCCGAUCACGCAUUGCUUUUUGGAACUUGUAGAAACGACUCUAGACAUUACAACACAUGAAGGAUGUUUUCUUCAUACGUUUCCGGAAACCAAAAACUCGGGAGGAAAAAAUGUGAAGACCGAAUCAAUUUGCGCGGACUUUAACACCAGCUCGGUGAAUCUAUUCACAUUUCAUAUGCAGUAAACAUUUUGUUGGGUUGGCAUGGUCUUUCGGAGGACAAAGAGGUAAGUCAUUUUUUUGUUUUUAACUUAUUUUUUUAGUGUAACGUUGUGCCGUACUGCUUCUGUCUAACAAUGAAUGACCUGAAAAGAGUUACAAUGGUCUCUGACUGCCACAGUUACCGUUUCUGUUAUAUAUAUAACAACUUUAGUGAGGGGGAAGUGUAAAUAAAUUAUAGAAUUAAGAUUUGUUAUCAAUGAAAAAAAUUUAAAAUGUUCGUUGGCUGUCACUGAGCAGCAUUUGCGAUCGCUACACGAAGCUAACUAAAUUACCCCCAAAAACGGUCAGAGACGUAGGACAACCAGAGGAUAUAUAAGAAAGACAGGGCUGAUGGUAAAGGAUAGCUUGUUGAAACAGGAGAAUGUCAUUGUCAGUCGCGUCGAUAAAAAAGCUAAGGCUAUGCUUUUGUCGGCUCGUUUUUUUCGUCUUUUUCAGCCACCCACACUCAAGCCAUCUCUUUAACUGAACAUUUUUAUGUUCUUCCACAACUUUGCCAGUGAAUUUGGCACCAGGCACAUAAUUUUCGAAGAGAAUUGGUAGGUUUAGCUCUGUAAACAUCUCCUUCGUACACAAUUUCCAAUCAUUUCCUAUUAGGGACAAACGGUGACUUGUCCCUACUUAGCAACAGUAGCUAAUGUCAUGAAUAUUAAUGAACGGAAGCGACGUAUUGCUUGCGGUACGCCAUUGCGCAGUGCAAUAAACACAAAGGUGGGGGCAGGCGCGAAUGCGUGCCCACAACCUGGAAGUACGCCGUACACACACGCGGUCAAUUUGCCGGCAAAUAAGCACUUUACACUCAAUCGGACUUACAACACAUUCCAAAGAUGCUAAACAAACCUCACGGCAUAAAUGUGCAACACAAAUAUGAUGUAAGCAAUACUCGCCGACUUGGAGCGAUGACUACCCUCUGUUACAACGGCAAAGCUAUGAAACGGCCGCGUAUGUAGCGGCUCCAACCUAUCGCUGGAACCCCCCCGAGUGAAGGAAAAAUACAUUCAUUCAUGAAUGCACGCUGAGCAACAGUCCCUCGCACAUCUCAACACGUGGCUGCACUCAGAUCGAACGUGCACCCGCGUUCC